AAAUGGUGGCCAGUUGACAACCCUCCUCAAGCACGUCAGCGCAUCAAAGAAAAUGGCGCAUGAUCCAGCCAAGCACAUCAUCAUCAAGCUGGAUGGCAGCGAUGAAGUGCAGGCAUCCUAUGAUGCAGGAAGAUCGGCACAGGUUGUCUUGAAGGCUUUAGCGACCAAGUUAAGGAGAGAUGGCACGCUGCGGAGGGAGGGUGGGCAAGAUGUUGCGGGGGAUGAGAAGAAGCUGAAAGCUGGGUGGUACAUCUACACGCCUGUCGAAGCAACCGCUACAACGUCAGGGGCUCAUGAAGAGCCUGAAUGGCACCGACGUUUCGUUAUGGAGAAGCUCGACCCGCUGACGACAUCUUUGAUACGCGAGCUGAGUGCCACGAGGUCAGCCAGCAAGGCCAAAACUUCAGAGGUCGACCAGUUGUACCAGGCGCUCCACCUCCGGCUUCUCCCUUACAAGGGGGAUCCCACAUGGGAAGAAGUCAUGGCGCUGCAUGCUGAAGGCGGGGAGCCGUCCGCUUUCUGGGAUGAGCGCGCCGAACCAGCGCAGCGCGAGGCGUACGUUAAGGUACUGGAGGAGAAGAUGGCGUUCGCGGAGGACAUCUUGGAGAUCCGGGACGCUCGCUCAAAGCAGCAACGACACCACCACGGACCAGCUCCGGAUGGAGUUUCUGGCGUGGGCCCAGCAAUCCCAAUUUGCAGUUGUACAGUUUCUUACCGAUUUUGCGGUUGGAGGGCGGCGCUUUACUACAGUGGCCGAGGGGCGGACGGCUGGCACAACAUUACUUUCAGGUUGUUCAAAGGCAUGGACGCGUUCUGGAGCUUCUUCAAGGACGUCGCUAAGACUGCCGUCACCGCUUGCGGCACGACGAUUGAACCCCCCGCGUCAGGAGAGUUCUUUAACCCGAAGAGGAUCAAGCUUAACCUACCGCCGGGUAUGACGGAAGACGAGGUUGGGGAGUUCGUGGAGUCAUACUUCAACAAGGAUGUUGCGAAUCUGGACGAUCUGGCAUGCUUUGAGCUCAAACCCUUCGUGCCGCAGGAAGUGCUUGCGUUUUACGGAUAG